UUAAAUAAUAUAAAAUUAAUAUUAAUGUUUUAUAAAUAAGCGAGUUAGGCAGGAAUAAGCUAAAGUUUAUCCUCCUAAAUCCAACUUAAAAAUUAAAUGAAUUUAAAAUUUUAAUUCAAUCUAAUCUUACAAAUAUCGAGCUUAAUUGGGCCAGUGAUGGGCCCAUGAGCACCCCUAUCCCCAACAUUUAAAGCAAAUGACACAGCAAAAGAAUCUCUGGAAGUUUAGGGCAGACCUCUUCCCCUUCAUGCUUCUUCACUUCUGCCUCUCUUCAAGUGUUUGGGUAAAUUGUGGUCUGCCAUCAACGGAAAACGAACAUCACCGAUUUGCGUCGGCUAUUGUCGUCACCAAUCUUCAUGGCCCGUCUGUGUCGGCUAUCUUGCUCGCCAGUCUUCAUCGGCUGUCUUCCCACCGAUGUAAAUCUCUUCCCUUCCAUUCUAUACACGAAUCAAUGGAUUGUGGGAAAAAUGACCAACAGUAAAGGAACACUAGUUAUUGGCUACAAUUCGUCGGAACAUACACCGGCAACAGAAUUAAUUGGCAGCAAUGUAGAUAUUCUAACAGAGAUCCUUACCUGUGUGCCAGCAAAGUUUGUCAUCAGAUUCAAGUGCGUGUCUAAGGAUUGGUUCUCCCUAAUCUCCAAUUCACCAUUUUCUCGCAACCACUCUAACCGAUAUCCCAGUGCCUUGUUCUCAGGACUAUUCAUCAACCCUGUUACAUCAUUUGACGAUGAAAAAGUCAAGUCUGUCUCACUUCACGGCCAACACCAAAGUCUUCCGACUUCGUCACUUCUUGAUGGUGUUGGAUAUGGGUCUGGUACAUGUAGGAUUGAAGACUCUUGCAAAGGCUUACUAUUAUGCUUGAAUGGCCCAACGUGUUUCAUUGUUUGUAACCUGACCACCCAGAAAUACACAGUACUUCCCUAUCAUAGUGGCACUAAGGCAUCUUCUGUACCAUUUCAUAACAAGUUUGGUGUUUUCUUGAGUUCUAUGUUUGGUGGUUAUUUGGCUUUUGAUCCUUCAAAAUCACCGCACCACAUUGUUGUAUUGGUAAGUUACAUUAGGAAUAGUGACGGCUGCUUUUACUUAAUUGACAUAUACUCUUCGGAGAGCACUUCUUGGACACACAUGCGUGCUGCUGCACCACCAGGUUACCCUUUCGCAAAAAAGGUAUUUUGGAAUGGUUCAAUUCAUUGGAUGAGUUACGAUAACGUUUACAUUCGAUUUGAUGUUGAUGCUGAGAAGCUAAUAGGAACUCGAAUGCCUUUAAACCCUAAAAUUCUCUCCGAAGAGAGAGUUUGGUAUUUUGGAGAAUGCUGUGGCCAUUUACUUCUUGUUCAGUGCUGUGAUAUGGGAUUCAGAAUUCUUGAGAUGGAGAGGAACUACUGUUAUUGGAUUGAGAAGUACCAGGUCAAUCUUAGUCCCAUAAUAUCUCUUUUUCCUGAGAUAGAGAGAAGCAGACACAUGUGUGACCCGCCCAUCAUUAGGAAAAUUGCUGUGCUAUGUGUUGUGAAGGGAGCAAAUGAAAAAGAUUUUACGUUGGUGUUAUCUAUUCCUGGCAAAAUUGUUUCCUAUAAUCUGAAGUGCAAGACAGUGAAGGUGCUCUGCGAUUACCGAACUGGCUUUUAUGAAUGUCCUGGUUACAAGCACAUUUCUAGUGCGUAUGCUUUUAAGUAUGUUUAUGAAUUCUAUGAAAGCCUGUCCAUUGUUUGAGCAUGUCCUACAUCUUGGAACAGAUCAGAUGUGCCUUUUUUAAGCUUGUUCUUGUCCUAAAGCUUUUGCAAUACUCAAUUUUUAUUUUAUUUAUUUAUUUAAUUUUUUUUUUUAAGAAUUCUACAAUGUUUAAGCUAUGCUCUUCA